CUGACGAAGAAGCACACUCGACAGAGCCUCCCACCACAACACCCGCUAGGGGCUCUAGAGACAUACGCACUAUGUCGACCAAGGUAGUCGUCAUAGCCAUCGUAGUGAUUUUGGCCAACAAGUCUUAUGGGGACGUCACUAACACUGCUGAAACAUGUGGCUGUAAAAGUAACUCCAGAGUACACAACUAUGGUCAUGGUAUGAAAAUCAGUAGCUCUGGAGGACAUGGAGCCCAUAGUUCAGGUGGCAACGGAGGACAGAGUGCAGGCUACGGAGGACAGAGUGCUGGCUACGGAGGACAGAGUGCUGGCUAUGGAGCACAAAGCAUGGGAAAAGGAAGUUGCAGCACUGGGCACGGCGGACAGAGCUCUGGCUAUGGAGGUCAGAGUACUGGCCAUGGAGGACUGAGUAAUGGCUUCGGAGGACAGAGUUCAGGUUAUGGAGGAAAAAGCACCGGAAAAGGAGGUUACAGCACAGGCCACGGAGGACAGAGUUCUGGCCAUGGAGGUCAGACUACUGGCCAUGGAGGACAGAGUAAUGGCUACGGAGGACAGAGUUCUGGCUAUGGAGGAAAAAGCACAGGAAAAGGAGGUUGCAGCACUGGCCACGGCGGAAAGAGCUCUGGAUAUGGAGGUCAGAGUACUGGCCACGGAGGACAGAGUACUGGCCAUGGAGGACUGGGUACUGGCUAUGGAGGACAGAGUACUGGCCACGGCGGACAUAGCUCUGGCCACGGCGGACAGAGUUCUGGUCAUGGAGGUCAGAGUACUGGCCUUGGAGGACAGAGUACUGGCUAUGGAGGACAGAGUUCUGGCUAUGGAGGAAAAAGCAUCGGAAAAGGAGGUUCCAGCAUUGGCCACGGCGGACAGAGUUCUGGCCAUGGAGGUCAGAGUACUGGACACGGAGGACAGAGUAAAGGCUACGGAGGACAGAGUACUGGCCAUGGAGGACUGAGUACUGGCUAUGGAGGACAGAGUACUGGCCACGGCGGACAGAGCUCUGGCCACGGCGGACAGAGUUCUGGUCAUGGAGGUCAGAGUACUGGCCAUGGAGGACAGAGUACUGGCUACGGAGGACAGAGUACUGGCUAUGGUGGAAAAAGCAUCGGAAAAGGAGGUUCUAGCAUUGGCCACGGCGGACAGAGUUCUGGUAAUGGAGGUCAGAGUACUGGCCACGGAGGACAGAGUACUGGCUACGGAGGACAGAGUACUGGCCAUGGAGGCCUGAGUACUGGUUACGGAGGAGAGAGUACUGGCUAUGGAGGACAAAGCAUUGGAAAAGGAGGUUCCAGCAUUGGCCACGGCGGACAGAGUUCUGGCCAUGGAGGUCAGAGUAUUGGCUACGGAGGGAAGAGUAUUGGUCUAGGAGGACAGAGUACUGGCUACGGAGGACAUAGUAUUGGCUACGGAGGACACAGUAUUGGCCUUGCAGGACAGAGUACUGGCUAUGGAGGACAAAGCAUCGGAAUAGGAGGUUGCAGCAUUUCCCACUCAGGAAAAAGCAGUUCUCAUGUAGGAAAAAGUUAUGGAAUAGCAGGUCACAGCUUUCCCUACGGAGGACAAAUAAUCGGUCAUGGUGGCCUCAGUUAUGGUCUUGGAGGAAACAUUUAUGAUCUUGGGAGUCACAUCUAUAACAGCCAUGGUUUCGCCCUAACAGGCACCAGCAAAGGCUCCCAUAGCCAUCAUUUUGACGACGACGACCACGAUGAUGAUGACGACGACGAUGAUGACGACGACGACCACGAUGAUGAUGACGACGACGACGAUGACGAUGAUGAUGAUGGGGACGACGAUGACGAUCAUGACACUGAUGAAGAUAAGGACUAGUGUAAAAUGAAUGCAAAUGAUUUUUAAUUUUUAAUUUUUUACACAUACAGUUCGCGGAAGACUGGACUGGUAGUGCUUUGAAAUAGCUUCUUUUAUGUUUGUUCUCUAUAUAUAAACAUGUUUAUUAAAGACAUAGAGACUGUUGCAUUCAAACUCAUGAAUAUGUCACACAGGCUUCUUUUUAAUUGGUUUCAAAUGUUCCGAAUCAUUGAAAUUAGACAGAGAAUUAGUUGACACAGCUCCUUUUCUAAUAACUAGACUUUUACAGUUGGUUCUGUUAUUAAAUGUUAUUUUUCAUCGGUUUCUACACUAAUACUUCAGUGAGUUCCUUACUAAGGUUCACAGUGAAGUACAUUAAUUAACUAACCAGUAAGCUCUUGUUAGCAAAUUUUCAGUUACAUUUUACAGAUUCAAGAUAAAAAUUUAGAUUUAGAAUGUACUAUCGGAUAGCUGUGCAUGCCCAAUAAUUUUUAAAAUACUUUAUGUAAGUUUCAGUAGUGGUUUACAUUUUUUAAUUUAUUUAGAACAAUAAACUUAAGUCUUUGAAAACUUAUUUUUAUUAUUGGGUGUCUAAAUACGUUCGUUUAUGAUUUAAUUCUAUUUGUUAAUUGGCAUGAUAUUACAUAAUGUUUAAACUACCACAGUUUCAUUCAUAUUAUAAACGUGGACAAAUUUAUGUCAAGUAAAAAGAGUCAAGUCAAUGUGUUUAUCUAUUAUUUAUGUACUAGAAUUAAAUAAUUUUAAGAACCAACAAAACUAGUAGUCAUUAUGUUUUAUUGAAUUACUGUUUAUGAAUCAAACAUUACAUGUAAUUCUUACUUUAAAAUUAUACUUUUAUCCGAUGUAACACCAAUACUAAUCACCUCAAUUCAUAACAUUGUUAGUAUGAAUAACAAAGAAGUAAUUUUUUUCCAGCUUAAGUAUUUGACGACAUAAAUACCAUAUAACUAAUUUCAUCCUCGUUAUCUAAAUUCUUUAACCCUAAAUUUUAGUUAUUGCUUAUCUUCAGUUUAUUUUAGAUAAAAUUUAAAUACCUUAUUACGGUGUCUCUUAAAUAUAUGAUGGUAAACGUUUUAGCAAGUGUUCCUGCUGGUGUAAAUAAUAUUAUUUCUUACUAUGUCCAGCCUAAUUAAUCUCUUAUGUGAAAGCUAUUUAAAUGAUGAAAUGUCUGUAUUUCCGGCAUGUGAAUUAAAUAAUAAACACUGACAAUGUAAUAUAAAAUUAGACAUAUUAAUAACUAGUCUAAAAAUGUUACAGUUAUUUAGUUGUUACUAAAUUUUAAAAUCACGGUGUUAGCAAAUUUCUUUGUAUUAUUUAGUUAAAAAGAUUUAUUAUUUUAAUUGAAUAGUAAGAGUUCUACUGUGAAAUCUGUAUACCUUUUCUAUAUAACUGU